AUAGACAAGGACCCAGGCCAACUUCCUGCUUUGGCUACUACCAAUGGGUCCCUUUACCAACGCGGGCUAAAAACCAGGGAGGGAUGCCAGCCAAGUGGGCAUUCUGCCUGGGAAGAUGCCAAUAAGACCAAGACAUGAGGCUGCUUGUUUUUCAGAAGAGGACUUUCUAGAAUUCUCCAGCCAGACUAACCAGACCUGCUGGUUUCCAUAGUCUCGAGCUGGGAAACAUCAGCGCCUAUAACCAACAUGCGACCGAGGGAACUAAUAAUUUAAGUAUUGGCCAGGAGUAUCAGAAGUGAGAAGUCACAGGCUCUCUUCAGGGGGAGAGUCCCCAUCCUACCUCGUCAUGUCCCGCCGAAGCCAGCGCCUCACGCGCUACUCCCAGGGCGACGAUGACGGCGGCAGCAGCAGUGGAGGGAGUUCAGUGAUGGGGAGCCAGAGCACCCUGUUUAAAGACAGCCCUCUCAGGACCUUGAAGAGGAAAUCCAGCAACAUGAAGCGCCUCUCCCCAGCGCCACAGCUGGGCCCCUCCGACGCGCACACAUCCUACUACAGCGAGUCGGUGGUCCACGAGUCCUACUUUGGCAGCCCCCGGGCCGCCUCCCUCGCCAGGAGCUCCAUCCUCGACGACCAGCUGCAUAGUGAUCCCUACUGGGGUGAGGAUCUGCGGGUGAGGAGGAGGAGAGGCACAGGCGGCACGGAGAGCAGCAAACUCAACGGGCUGUCCGAGAACAAGGGCUCCGAGGAAUUCCUGGGGUCUUCCUCCGGCUACUCUUCGGAGGAUGACUACGCAGGAUACUCAGAGACUGACCACCGUAGUUCGGGUUCACGGUUAAGGAACGCAGUCUCCUGGGCGGCCUCUCUUUUCUGGAUGGUGGUCACGUCUCCAGGCCGGCUCUUUGGACUCCUCUACUGGUGGGUUGGCACCACCUGGUAUCGCCUGACGACAGCGGCCUCCCUCCUCGAUGUCUUCGUUUUAACCAGGCGCUUCUCCUCUGUGAAGACCUUCCUGUGGUUCCUCUUGCUGCUGCUGCUCCUGACUGGCCUGACCUACGGUGCCUGGUAUUUCUACCCCUACGGGCUACACGCGUUCCAGCCUGCGAUGGUCUCCUGGUGGGCGGCCAAGGGCGGCCCCAGGCAGCACGACGUGUGGGAGCCCGGAGACUCGCCCCACUUCCAGGCCGAGCAGCGCAUCUUGUCUCGAGUGCACUCCCUGGAGCGGCGCCUCGAAGCUCUCGCUGCCGAAUUUUCCUCCAACUGGCAGAAGGAGGCCGUGCGGCUGGAACGUCUGGAACUGCGGCAAGGGGCCGCUGGCGGGGGAGGCCACGGAGGCCUGAGCCACGAGGACACCCUGGCACUUCUGGAAGGGCUGGUGAGCCGCCGUGAGGCUGCCCUGAAGGAGGACUUCCGCAGGGACAUGGCUGCUCGGAUCCAGGAAGAGCUGGCCACCCUGAGAGCAGAACAUCAACAAGAUUCUGAAGAUCUCUUCAAGAAAAUCGUCCAGGCCUCCCAGGAGUCUGAGGCCCGACUCCAGGAGCUGAAGUCCGAGUGGCACAGGAUGACCCAAGAGUCCUUCCGCGAGAACUCCCUGAAGGAGCUGGGCCGACUGGAGGGCCAGCUGGCAGCCUUGCGGGAGGAGCUGGCAGCCCUGAGCCUGAAGCAGAGCUCGGUGGCAGAGCGAGUGGGCCUCUUGCCCCAGGAGCUGCAGGCGGUGAGGGACGACGUGGAGUCUCAGUUCCCCGCCUGGGUCAGCCAGUUCCUUCUCCGCGGCGGGGGGACGCGCAGCGGGCUUCUCCAGCGAGAGGACAUGGAAGCCCAGCUGCAGGAGCUGGAGGGCAGGAUCCUCGCUCACGUGGCCGAGAUGCGGGGCCAGUCGGCAAGGGAGGCCGCCGCCAGCCUGGGGCUGACGCUGCAGAGGGAAGGCGUGAUCGGGGUGACAGAGGAGCAGGUGCAGCGCAUUGUGAACCAGGCUCUGAAGCGCUACAGCGAGGACCGCAUCGGGAUGGUGGACUACGCUCUGGAAUCGGGAGGGGCUAGUGUCAUCAGCACCCGAUGUUCUGAGACCUAUGAGACCAAGACGGCCCUCCUGAGCCUCUUCGGCAUCCCCCUGUGGUACCACUCGCAGUCGCCCCGGGUCAUUCUCCAGCCAGAUGUGCACCCAGGCAACUGUUGGGCCUUCCAGGGGCCCCAGGGUUUUGCCGUGGUUCGCCUCUCUGCCCGCAUCCGCCCCACUGCUGUCACCUUAGAGCACGUCCCCAAGUCCCUGUCCCCCAACAGCACCAUCUCCAGUGCCCCCAAGGACUUUGCCAUCUUUGGAUUUGAUGAAGAUCUGCAGCAGGAGGGGACACUUCUUGGCCAGUUCACCUACGACCAGGAUGGGGAGCCCAUUCAGACCUUUUAUUUUCAGGACACUAAGAUGGCCACAUACCAGGUGGUGGAGCUUCGGAUCUUGACUAACUGGGGCCACCCCGAGUACACCUGCAUCUACCGCUUCCGGGUGCAUGGGGAACCCACCCACUAGGCCUUCUCUGUGCUGCUGCCAGCCAGCUGGGAGACCAGCCCCUCGCAGCAGGUGUCCCCUCCUCUGGGAGUGGGAGAGCAGCACCUCUGCCCCUUCCCCACAUGCUUGACCAGCGCACUGACUUCCAGGAGCAAGAACCUCGGGCCUGAUGGAGAGGAGAAAGAACAUGCAGGGCUUUCCUAGUGCGGGGCAGCUCGAGGCAGAACGCGAGCUCCAGUGUCCCUUUUCGUGACCUCCUGGUGCCGGGCACUGGGUGCCUACCUCCCCCUCUCGGGUGUAUAUAUGUAGCAUAUCGUGGGGGAUGGAAAGGCAGGCAGAGAGGCAGUGAGUGGACCUCUGUCGUCCUGGCAAAGGUGGGACCUGUCUGCCCCGUACCCAGGAUGGGGGGCUGGCACCCAAGGGGCUGCGGUUGGUAGGCGGGUGAAUGAAGCAGGUGCCAAAAGCCAUGGGUGGGACAAGCGAGGGCCUGAGGCAGGUGAGCUGCCCCCACCCCCAGGCGGGGAAGUGAUGUCCUCGAGGAGGAAGGUGCUCACAGCACAGGUUGGGGCUGAGCCCCAGGCAGGAAGCUGCUCCUAGGGCAGCCGACUCUUCCAGAAAUCUAGUGCCAUCAAUCUAGGGAGCCUGAACCCCUGCGGUCCCCCAGAGGCCUCUAUACACUGUAUUCUGGGUCCGAGGGGGCCACGGGGCUUCUCAUACCCCUGAGGGUCUGGCUCCUUUGAGCCUCUAAGGGAGUCUGCCUGUGUGGCUCUGGGGGGCCAGGCGGCCAGCCAGUAGGAUUCCCCCUCCGCUGGGGCUAAUGCUUUCUCUUUCUCCUGCUGUUGGGACCGGGGACCCCUCUGUUCCCCAUUCCUGCUGGGGCAUGCCUGUGCCCCAGAGCAAGCUUGCCACAUUCCCCUGACAUGCAGGGAGUCCACACCUACCUUUUGAGGCCCUAAGCAGCUAGGGUAAGCUUAAGAGGGUGGGGGAGCAGUGUACUCCCCAGACUCUCAGGGUGGUCCGGGGACGACGAUGGUGACAUUCAGGGUGUCAUGGUGGGCAGAGGUCUGUCUGCACUAUGGGCCCUGGCCCGCCACCACCUGCCUGUAAGGGGCUCAGCUACUCCCUUGAGACUCUCAGCUCUUUCUCAGAUUAUUUCCUUUUUGGCUCGUUUUCUAGGGGUGGGGUGG